GAGAAAGAAGACUUUGAUGGUUUUAUCACUACACGACGCCCAGGAACCAAGUAGAGGCCUUUAUAAAAGAGGAAGUACAGAAAUACAUCUUACAGACAACAAAGAUAAAGCACGGAAUAUACUCAAGAAAAAUGUUGAAGACAUCAAAACCUCUGAGUCAAGCUUUAUAUGAUGCUACAGAGAAAGUAAAAAAACAGAGUGGAGACCCAGACAUGUGGCUGAAGGAAUUUUCCAGUUUUCUAAAAGAUCAGCUAACAUUCAACAACUUCUGUUGUCAAAACUUCAGUGACAUAAACAAUUUUGACUUUCUUAAAGAGGAGACAGAGAAAGGUCUUGUAUCUGUCAUAAAGGAAGUGAGCAAACUGUCACUGGAUAAGAUGAAGAAAUUCAGGAUGAAGCCUGAUCAAAUCCUCAUCGAUCAGCUGUGUAACUGUUGCUGGGUAACGUGUCCAUUCUGUGCAGCUGUUUGCACCAACACCAUAGCAGAUCACAGCCCUGAUAAACACAAUGUCCCUUUCCAUCGGCCUUCUGGGAUUAAAGGAUGGUACUACAAAGACACUGUGGAACUGGACAUACAUUUCUGUACAACAUUAGUUGCAAGUGAUGAACGUUUCCGCCCCCAUCAUGGUUCAGAUGAGCGUAUUCCUUAUAAAGAGUAUCAAACGGCUGGGGAGGAGUAUGCUACAUGGCAGAUUACUCCUGAUGAGUCUAAACUGAUUUACUGGAAAUGGUUUGUCUGUCGAUUUCAAAAACAACUGGAAGGCCACUACACAUUAAAAUUCCAGGGAAGAGGAGAAAUUCCCAAUGAGUGGAGAACCUACAGUAAACAAGAAGCUAUUGAAAGUCUGGAUGAAAUGUACAAUCUGUGAGUGAGCCA